GCCACGCGAACUCCGCUUCGUCUCGUCGCGACCAUCUGACAGGUUCGCUCGCCGGGCGGAGGCAUACCCGCCGCCAUGUCGAAGCUCGCCAACCAGCCGCCGCCGCCGCCGUCGGAUAUGGAUAUUGACUCCGCAGCCGCGGUCGAGGAGAAGAAUCCCGUCAGGUUCUCCAUCAAUGUGCUGGAACUCAUGAGGGAGGCGCAGAUGCAGCACGGCCUUCGCCACGGCGACUACACGCGGUACAGGAGAUACUGUACUGCGCGUCUGAGAAGGCUAUACAAGUCUCUGAAGUUUUUGCAUGGCCGUGGUAAAUAUACCCGGAGGAAUAUAACAGAGUCAACAGUGACUGAUGUGAGGUUUCUACAUGUGGUAUUUUAUAUGGCUGAGAGAGCAUGGAGUCAUGCUAUGGAGAAGAAAACUGCUGGUCCAAAUGCACCGCAGCGCAUCUACAUGCUGGGUCGAUUUAGGAAGGCAGUCAAAUGGGCGGCACUUUUUUCACAGUUAUGUUCUAUAAAAGGAGAUUCCAGGACAUCUUUGGAAGCUGAGGCAUAUGCUUCAUAUAUGAAAGGAACUUUGCUUUUUGAGCAAGAGAAGAACAUAGAGGCAGCAAUGUUGAAUUUCAAGAAUACCAGGACUGUAUAUGAGGAGCUUGGGAAGUAUGGCGGCAUAGAAAAUCAACUUUUAUGCCGUCAGCGCAUUGAGGAAGUGGAGCCUAUGAUUGGAUUCUGUUCACGCAAACUUGGUGGAUCUGCUCUGCAAGAACAUGAUCUCCUAGAUAUGGAAAAGGAGGGGCCUGCUUAUGACCUUUUUAAAGCUAAGAUUGAGGCUGUAUUAUCUGAGACAAGGUCACAGCAGGCGGCUUCUAUGACUGAGUUUAACUGGCUUGGUCGCAGAUUUCCAAUUACCAGUGCAAAGACCCGUGUCUCCAUAUUAAAAGCUCAGCAGCUGGAGAGGGAUUUAAAUGGCGCAGCCACAGAACCAAUUUCAGCAGACAAAAAACUUGCUAUAUUUGAUAAACUAUUCUCUGCAUACCACGAAGCUCGAAGCUGCAUCCGCAAUGAUUUGGCUUCUGCUGGCAGUGCUGAGAAUAUAAGAGACGAAUUGAAUGGUCUUGACAAGGCUGUCAGUGCAGUUUUAGGAUUGAGGACCAUAGAACGUAACCAGUUACUUGUUAGUAUUGCUAAAAGUAAGUUUGCAAAGCAUCGGGAUGAGAAGAAUGAGAAAAUUACAAAGCCGGAAGAACUUGUUCGGCUGUAUGAUCUGCUAAUUCAGAAUACAACAGACCUAACUGAUUUAGUUAGCUCAGGAAGGGAUAAAAACGAAGAAGAGAACGCUUUUGUUCAUGAGUAUGAACUGAAAGAUUUGGCUUUCCGAGCCGAGAGAUGUUUCUAUUUGGCAAAGUCAUAUAGUUCAGUCAGUAAAAGGGCCGAAGCCUAUGCAUUAUUCUGUUAUGCACGUUCCCUUGCUGAUUCUGCACUGCAAGAACUGGCUAACAGUCCUCACAAGGCCUUAAUCCAAGAUCUCGAGGCUCUAUCUUUCAAUUGUAGAUCCAAUAGUUGCAUUGAACAUGCAACAGGUAUUAUGGAGGAUGAGAGUGCUCCUGAAAGACUUUCUAAAGGAGUCUCAACUAUAUCACUUGGCGACAAUAGAAAAAAGGAUCCUAAAUACCUCCUUGAUAUCCUAGGGAGCUAUGAAUCAGCACUUGGUGAGCAAAGCGCCAAAGCGCCAUGUCGCAUUUCACAGUUCCCACCACCGUUCCAACCAGUUCCCUGCAACCCAAUUGUUCUUGACAUGGCAUACAACGCAAUCGAGUUCCCGAACCUUGAGAACAGGAUGAAGAAGGAAAAGAAGGGUCUCCUCCGCAGAUUCUGGGGGUGAAAGGAAGAGAGCGCAUUGUUUAGUUCCUCAGGGUCACCUUUGCUCUUGGAUUUUGAUACAUUACCUUGGUGGAUUAAUUUGUUUUUGGCUGUGCUGCUCAUCACAGUGCCGGUUUGAUGUCUGGAAGGUUUCUAAGAAGUCGAACCAAGUUUGAUAGGCAAAUUUUUGUACUGUUUCAAAAUUCAUCAGUUUGAGUGUCCCUCUUUACAAUCUCCUUAUACCGUAUGGAACAUUAACUAAAUAGACCGUACUUUUGAAAUGUUAUAAAUUGUUGCAGUAUGGUUAACUUAUAUUCGGCAAUACUAGGUUUCAUGUU